GCAUCACGACUUUAGCACUUGGAAUCGAGUUAAAUCUGCAGCUACGUCCGCGAUCGACGGUAAUUAAGUUUGUGCGACGCCUUAAUUACGCACUGCCGUCUUUUCAAGCCAGUUUUAAUUAAUGUCGAUUCACGCGAGAGAUUAUGGCGAGACGAUCAACAACAUCGAUGGAUUAUUCUGCGACGACACUCCCUGCGUCGUGCGUCCUUUUUUGAAAUGAUACGUCAAGUCAACCGUGAGAGGUUUUCCCAGCAAGAUCCGCGUCGCGUGAUUUUUCGAGAUGAGCUCGAGUUUGGUCUCCGAUUCGACGAGAAUCCUCUCGUUGAUCGAGGAAUUGUGCGAUCUACCGUACACGGAGGUGCAACGACGGUUGAACAAAUACAUACAGAAUGCAACGAGUGCCAAGCUAGCUUUUCUCAUAUUAAUAUUGGUAGAAUCGGAGGAGAUGAUUAUCCAUGUUAUAGGUGAAGAAAUACUUGACCGAGAACUGAGACUUCCCAUAUCAAACAAUGUUUUGUAUGAGGCUGUGACAAGUAAAACAUCAUUGGCCAUGAAUGUUGCAUAUCUUGACGAAGAGUUAGUGAAAUACAUUAAUAGAGCGAUAGAUACAAAAGCAAAUUCCCUCCUAACGAUCCCUAUACAACAUCCUUACAAACAUUAUACAGCUUUGCUUGUAUGCCUAGUAGAUCACGUGGAUGGGGAUGAGGCCAGGCACACUUCCAUGGAAAUAGUUGAAGAAUGCUUUAGAUUUUGUCUCGGAUAUCUGCUCAGUUCGUUACGUUGCUACGAGGAGGCCCGCGUAAGGCAGCAAUGCCAAGAUUUAUUAGCCGUCUCUAGAAAGCUUUUCACACACUUGGGAGACUUUUCUGAUCUCUUGCGUGAGAUCAUGGCAGAAGUCAGAAAAUUAACAAACGCAGAGAGAUGUUCCUUGUUCCUUUUGGAUCCUGAUCAGCAAGAUUUGGUUGCAAAAGUAUUCGACGGCAUUUCUACGAAAGAAACCGUGAAUGAGAUGAGGAUACCUAUCGGGCAAGGUAUAGCCGGUCAUGUUGCGACCACUGGCAAAUUACUCAAUAUACGAGACGCUUAUAAUCAUCCCCUUUUUUAUCGGGGCAUUGAUGAGGCAACAGGGUUUAAGACAAGAAAUAUCUUGUGCUUUCCAAUACGAGAUGAAAAUGGCAUCGUUGGAGUGGCUCAACUGUGCAAUAAAAUAAAUGGCUUAUAUUUUGAUGUCUUUGACGAAGAGAUCGCGACGGCAUUUAGUAUUUACUGCGGUAUAUCAAUAAUGCACAGCAUCGUUUACAAGAAGAUGCAAGAUGCUCAGGCACGUAAUAAGCUCAGCAACGAGAUCAUGAUGUAUCACAUGAAGGUGGAAGAAUCUGCUGUACAAGCCUUGUUAAAUUGCAGGGACGACCACAAUAUCAAAGACUUUAACAAAUUCCAUUUUAGUCCGAGAAACGUACCUUACAAACAUAUACCUUGCUACACGAUCAAAAUGUUCAUGAACUUGUGCUUCCUCGCACGUUGGAAAAUUAAGAUGCCGACACUCGCGAGAUUCAUAUUAUACGUCAAAAAAGGCUACAGGGACGCACCUUACCACAAUUGGACACACGCGUUCUCCGUGGCACACUUUGCAUAUCUGUUGAUAAAGAAUAUGCAGCUGAUCGAGGAAAGCUACAUGACGUCCUUGCAAGCUCUAGUCUUUCUUGUAUCGUGUUUGUGCCACGACAUAGACCAUAGAGGGACCAACAACUCUUUUCAAACGAAGUGUGGCACCGUGUUGGCGAGCCUUUACAGUUCCGAGGGUUCUGUCAUGGAGAGGCAUCACCUCGCGCAAACUAUGUGCAUUCUGAACACUGAAGGCUGCAAUAUAUUCGAAAGCUUGGACAGCGACGAGUACAGUGAGGCCUUGGACUUGCUGAGGAGUAAUAUACUCGCGACCGACUUGGCUUCUCACUUUCGUAGCAUAAAACGACAGGAAGAAAUGAUUCGCGAUAAAUACAAUAGGGAUGAUCCAAAGCAGCAGAAACUGCUGUUCGAAAUGCUAAUGACUUGUUGCGAUCUUAGCGAUCAGACGAAGGAUUGGAAAGUCUCGAAGAAAACCGCGGAACAAAUAUACGACGAGUUCUUUUCACAAGGGGAUCUAGAAAAAAGCAUGGGCAGUGCACCCGUCGAGAUGAUGGACAGAGAACGGGCGUCCAUUCCCGAUCUUCAAAUACAAUUUAUUACAAACUUGGUCAUACCUCUGUUCACUAAUCUGUCAUUAUUAUUCCCGUCGGCGCAGCCUCUGGUCCACACGUUAGAACACAAUCGUUCGUUGUGGCAAGUUGCUAAAAGUGUCUUUCAAAGGUAUUCCACGAAGGGGAUAAAGGGAAUAGAUAUUUUGCUGGAUCCCAACUUCGAAAACGAGGUACUUGAAAUAUUUGCUCAAGGAGGUCAGUGUUCCACAAAAGAUCCUGAUGCAUGCAGAGACCUGCAGGAAGCCGAAUAAUGUAAUGUAAAUGUCAGAAUAUUUAUGAAGAAUUUAAUACCAAUCAUAUCGAUCGCGAUUCAUUCUGUCAACAUUUUUUAAAACUUGGACAAUUGAAAAUCAAAAUGUGAUUUUAAAAGCAAUCAGCUAGUUACAGUUUUACAGAUUAAAUGUAUAUAAGUAAUACGUAUUUGAAUAAUCCAGCACAAAAAAGCGAGCAAUCAUACAUGAACAUUAUGCACUGCCAACUCAAAUGUAAUUCGCCCACGCAUCGCGUGUGCUAUUGACAAAUUUGUACAUUAAGAAAGAUAAAAAAAUCUCGAUAUCUUGUGGAUAUAUUAAUCCAUAAGAUCGUAUCUAGAUAUACAAAAAUAUAAUUUAUAUGUGUACCAAUGCAUUAUGGCAAUAUCAUAAAUUUUAUCAUCAAGAACAUCCAUAUACAGGAUUAACAGUACCAACUUUUAUACGCGGUUUAAAAACUUAUUCCUUCUGGACACGUUUAUCAAUUGAUGGUGGCAAUUUAAAUGUGAUAUAAAUUAAAUCGAAAGGUGCUCUUUAGGCUAAGAAUGCAAUAUGCAACUAACAUUUAUAAAAAAGGAGAAAGGUAAAGUACGCUUGAUCAAAUAAUCAAAUUAAAUCAUCAGAUCACUGUGGCAGUUUGAAAAGUGAGAAUACCUUGUUGAGAAUUCUUUUCUUUUUUCUCGUGAAAAUCUACUAAGUGUACAUAAAUGUAAGAUUUCUUAUUCGAUAAGUGGAAUGUCAAAAAUAUUUCGUAAAUAAAAUGUGAUGUAAAACUAAAA